GCCAAAACAAAUCUCCGACCCGUAUCGGUGUGCGCCGGUCUAUAAAUUUUUAUAAUUUAUUAUCUUUUCUACAUUCUCUUAAGACUUUCACACUUUCGACAGCUACACAACUAUAAUAUUUAACUUGUUCAAGCACCACAAGUUUCUUCACAAUGUCUGAAGCGGAAAACCUGCCAACUUCAGCUGCUGUAGCUGAAGAUGCAGUGGUUUCAGCUGAAGUCAACCUGGAAGACUUCGUGGAUGAUGGCAAGAACAAGAAGACGCUGGCGUGCAAGUACUGCGGCUGCAAGAUCCUGGAGAACGGCUGCGGGAAAUACGUGCAUCUCGAGAGAAGUCUGCCGGCCGAGCUACAGGAUAAGAGGAAAACAGACGGAUACGUACAUGAGAAACUAGUCCACUACUUCAUAGUAGAAAACAUGUAUACAUUUGAUAACAUAGGAUUCACUCACACUAUAGACGAGACAAAGUAUCUUAGUUGUGCGGACUGUGACGCCGGACCCAUUGGGUACUUUGAUGUGGAGAGCAAACACAGCUAUGUAGGCAUGACCAGGGUAAAACAUAUUUAAUUUGCUAGCUUAUUUGUUAAGGCCAAUAUCUUAGAUUAACAAUAUAUUAAAAAGAUGGAGUCAGUGCAAAAGAAAUGUCUUGACACUAAUAAUACCCUACUUCUACAACUGAGUGAUUAUUUUGAAGUUUUUGGCUUUGUUUUUGUAUGUGAUGUG